UUCGAAUGUGUCGGUAAAAUAGACGACAGGUGCUUUACGCAGAGUUUAACUUCUAUCUCGGUUCAACUUACUUUAUAUCAUUUUUUCUAGAUUUACGAAUUAGAUGGAGAUGAGAAGUAAUUUAAAUCGAGUUUAAAGUUAAUCUGAUUGGUAGAAAUUGGCACGAGUUGCGUAUCAACCAAUUGUACAGAACAACCGCCUAUGUUACACUUUCUGCCCUCGAAACGAGACGCGUACAAGAUUACGCGUUGAGAGUAAAAGCAAAAAGGAUUUAAAGUGCAGAAAGUUUAGCUACGAGAGUACGUGACUCCAGAGUCUCUCGCGUGCUCCUUCUCUUUCGACUUUUCGUCCUCCCUUUCUCUCGUCUAUGCGCCUACCCCGUCGCGUUCCGAGUGUCGAAGGUGCAGCACGUGGCACAGCACGGAGAGAACGGGCCUACGCAUAUACGUAAUGAAAAAGAACAAAGCGAAGAGGAUAGAACAAUCGGUUCAGUUCGGCGAAGCAAUAUGCAACAGAGGCAAGAUUGUUGAACGUUGAACGAUCGUCAAGAGAUCGUUGAAAGUGGAGUUUGCAAUUUAUACACACAAAAGCGCCCAACGGAGGAACGUUAUCGCGUUUUCACUCGUUAUCACGUUGACGCGAGACGCGUCGCGACGCACGCCAUUAUUGUUAUGGGAGAAACGGGAGGAUACAAGGUCGCGAAAGUCCUUGUACAAUAUCACUCGCGGAAACGCACGGCCGCAGCAAGUGCGCUCUUGAUCCGGGGGUUAGGUUAGUUUCGCCAGGUGAACAGUAUGGCGAGUUAGAGGAAGAGAGCCAGACACAGGCGUUUCCCACCCGGGUGUCGUACUCGCUUGGAUUCCCGCGGCCAAGCGCCCGCGUUAACGCGUCGUUCCCCGCGACGACCGACUUGCGGUAUUGGUCCGCGAGGCUGCCUGCGUUCCUCCUCGCGAGGCGGUCCCGGACGACACCGGGAAUAAAGCGGGAGCCUUGACGUUUUGACCUGCCCCUCGGUUAGUCCGAGCGAAGCCGAGUAUUUCGCUCCUUGAUCGCGCGUGUCGGAGCACUGUGCGCAGUGAUACUGAAUCUACAAGAGCCUGCACCGUCCUCGAGUCAAGGUACCGAGUAGUCGCAGUGCUGAAUCUCGAUAAUGUUGAAGACGCGCCUGAGGCAUAGGUGAGACACACCGAGCUCACCGAGUGUACGGAUUGCAACAGCGGAUCCGGCAGUCACGAUAAACUGCGCAAUCCAACGCCUCGUGUCGUUCGUUCGCCUCACACGUGUACUUUUUGUUGGAUCCAACAAGCAAAUUGCGAUAGCACAGGUACACGAGAGAUACCACUUGAUUUUAUUCACAGCUCAUAGAUAUUUUGUUGAUUACUCCAGUCUACUGAGGUAAUCGCUACCUGGCGAGCAACAUGGACGAAGCGAACGAUCAUCUUCCUGUAAAGGAGGAGGUUGAGAUCAAGGAAGAAAAGCCGAGGGUUAGCGGCGAGAUAUACGUGAGGCAAUUUCACAAGGUACACGAGGCUUCCUCGCCAGAAAGUCCCAGUGAUGAUGUGCAACGUGCAAUCAAGGGUCUCAGCAAAAUACCGGACGACGAGCUGAACGAGUUCCUCGACGACGAAGACUUUAUGAAGGGACUGGACGUCGUGGACGCCUGGGAGGGAGAUGAAGAUAAAAACCGCGAGAACGAGCAGGAUGCGACGGGGUCUGCGACGCAGGGGAAGAGCCAAUCCUCUAGGGAACACCAUCGACCCGAGGAUAAAGGAGCUUACAAGCGCAAGAAGAAAGAAGAGAAGAAACGCGAGGAGACUCGCCGGGAUCCUAUGAAGAGCACCAAGGACAUCGAAAGGGACAAGAUGCGUACGAAGAGAGACACCGAGAACAAGCUCCUCGCGGAAAAGGAGAAGGCGAUCAAGCACCUGCUGGACUCGGACAACGUGGUCCCACCUGGUACGGAGACCGAAGCCAUCCAGAGCAUCGCGGAGGAGCAGAACAGAGAACGAGCGCAGCGCGAGGCGCAACGAAGCAGAGAGCGUCGCAGGAGCAAGUCGUCGGAACGUUAUGGAAGGUUGAGCUCGCCGCGGCGCCGGACGCCCGAUCGAUCACGUCCGAGUCCCCAUCGGCGAAAAAGUCCCUUCGCGAGCCCGGAUCGUCGUAGGAGUCCUUUCAAGACCAACCCCGAGAGGCACAGAAGUCCUAGAUACAGCCCGAGCAGAUUGAAAAGUUCACCGCGGUCCUACGACCGUAGAACCCCCGCGUUAAGUCCGGAUCGACGAAGAAGUCCUAGGCGACCUAGUAGAGAACGACGAUCCAGCGAAAGAAGAUGGAGUGCCGAGCGACUCCGUAGGAAACGCCCUGAUUGGACGCACGAACGCCGGAGAAGCCGAUCUCGCGAUCGGAGGAGUCGCAGUGCGGAACGUCCGAGAAGACGAACGAGCCGUUCGCCAGUGGGCAGACGGUACAGCCCCCGUCGCCGUAGUCGUACGCGCACACGCAGCAGAUCGUUGGAGAAGCGUGUCAGGAAGCGUUCGCCCUUCAUCAACGAAUUGGCGAGACAACUGCGGAACGAAGCGAUGUCGACCGGCGUGAACGCAAGUGGAUACGUGCCGCCCGUGACGAUGGAAGGAAUCUCACCGUUGCUCAACCCACCUGCGUAUCAGCAAGAAGGGGAAGCCAGACCACCGACUCAGCCGCCACCACCGCAACCGCCGCUACCGCCUGGGUCUCCGUACGUGCAUCAACCGGGUCCACCGCCGCCGCCGCCACCGCCGCCGCCGCCGCCGACACCGUCAUCGGCCAUGCUACCACCUAUGCCGGGCGGACCGCCGUUUAUGAAUUUCGAGCCGAUGCCGGCUGCAACACCGCUAAUGAAUUUCGAACCUAUACCCCCAACUCCAACCAGUUAUUCGUCCGGUCCGGUUAUAUACAAUCAGCCGAACGCCACCGGUAUCCAAGCACCUCCGCGACCGGUGAUGUGCUCACCGUUGCUCCCUAUGCCGAUACCCUCGCCGCAGCCUGUACCCCCUCCGACGAUGGAUCAUGUGCACGUAUCGUACAAUCCAUCGUAUACCGCACCCUUUGUCCAACAGUCACCGAUUCCUCCAAACAAACCUUCGACUCGCUCAACCGCAUCCUCCACGUCGUCGCAGAGCUACACAGAACGUGGACCGACGGCAUCGUCGCACAACGAAGCUUACUCUCCGCCCCAGGAACGAAUAAAGACACCCGAACCGCCGAUCAUCUCCAAACCAAAACAUUUCGAAAAGACCAGCUUAUCCAGUCUAUUGGAAGCGUCUGUUUCAGCCAAAGGUUCAUCUAAUAUACCGAUACUGUAUCCAGGCUUCAAGGCCGAAAUAAUACGACAUUGCGAACAAGCGCUGUACCAACUUCCAAUUGAGGAUCCGCGUUUGAAAAUGAAGGGUAGAUUUUUCUACGAUCGUAGCGAGGAGAAAGAUACGAAAGACGUUUCCGAAGACCAUACGUCGAAUUCGAUACUUCUGCAGAAAAGCAAAACGAAGAUAUUCUGGAACGAGGGCAACGCGGAACAGCCGGUACCGAUUCCGAAAGCGGUAACUCAAACGCAUCAGAAGAUCUGUCAGACAGAUGAAGUAGAAACGGAAAGCAAGGGUGUGCAGGCACGCGUCACCACGGCCGACGCUGCAUCACAGGUCUAUCCGCACGAGCUCCAGCAGAUAAAAGAAGAGAAACGGUCGAUACUGGAUCGUCUAGAUUGGAGCACGCGGAAUACAAUCGAGUAUGGAUCCAAAUAUCACGAUGUAGGAUCCGAGGAUCUGAGGUGGAGUCUAAACUCGCAGAGACGUAAUUGUAACAGGCGGACAGGGCCUUCUAGAAGACCCGACGAACAAGAGAGUUAUUUAAGUUCUGUGGAUCAUGAAUCUAGAAGCUCGAGGCUGGAUUCUCCUGUUCGAAGUAGAGGUGAUUUUUCUCACUCUAAUAUGCGCGAUCACUAUAGUCGUGACAGAUACUCACCGGAUUAUUAUAGACGUUCUGUAGAGCGCGACGAGUUUAAUGACAGAAGAAGUAAUCGUAGUCGUGGAGAGAGCCCGAUGGAUUUGGAUGAAGAAUCCGACCCCGGCAUGUCUUGGGGACGUCAUUAGAACGUCACAAAGACGUCCCUUGAAGGUUUGUACUGUAUCAACGAUGAAUUGAUGACUGGACAUACAUUCCAAAGGGCAUCUGGUUGGCAUGGAAUAAAGAGGAAAAAUCUCAAAGGGCAAAAGUCAUAAUUUACGUGGGAAGUAUGUAAGAGGAAGAUCGGGAUCGCGAAAACUUUCGGGACAAUUUUUUUAAUUUCAUAUAUGUUGCAUAUAUGAAAUAUCUCAACGUAAUAUCAACAACUUCAUUUUACUUAUGUAUAUAUAUGUUGUAUAUGUAUACAUGCAUAUAUAUAUAUAUAGAAAACUGCAACAAAUAUUUUAAAUAAUAUAAACAGUCUCAAUAACCGAUACUGAUUUUGAUAAUACUACAUACGUCAAGUUAUUUGAUGUUAAGUGAGAAACAGUAAAGAGAAUACAAUUUUCAGGAUAAAUAUUCAGGUAUGAAUUUGUAGUGAACAAUAGUGACAAAAAGUUUCGUAUACUUGAACAAAACGAUAUGCUCAAGUAUUUUUGCAUAAGUGUGUUUCAAAGAAUUGUGCAUAUCGCGCUGAAAUGAACAGUGUCCGCGAAAACAUGAUAUCUCAGCCUCUAUCUUUUUUAUUAAGAAAGUUAUAUUACAAUAAAAAAAAAGAUGUUACACACAUGCCUGUAACCUGACACCACAAGAUGUAGAUACGAUAAAUGUUGACUUUUGACUUUUGACAUUUUAUUCGUGUCUUCUGCUGUGUACACAAUGAUACUAUAACAAUUUCAGUGUAACAAAAUACAAUCUUAUUGAGAACACACAUAUGUAAUGAAGACUGUAAUAAAGAUGUAAAACUAAUUGUGAUGCAAUGGGAAUUUUAAACAAAAGUAAUAAAGGUUACGAAUGUAUAUUGUAGAAGCUGUGAAAUAAGUGUGCACUAAUACUGUCUUUCAUCCUGAAGAUAAUUUUAUUGAUACAGCAUUACAUCGUUACAACUAUUACUCUUGUUUCAAUAUAAUUAAUAUAAUUCAGUAUACAUAAUAUUCCGCUGCAGGAACUUUCCACGCGAUACAUAGAGCUAGAAGUGUAAAGCUAAAUUUAUAAAUUUUAUGAAAUUAUUAUUAAAUUGCAUCUCUUCUUAUUAUUUUCUUCAGGGAUCAAACAGUGUACGCUGCGAGCUAAUUCCCAAGCGAUUGCAAAGAGCGUUGCACGACGUCGCUCAAGUAUUGCAUCAUGUUGUGCAGCUUGUAGAGUUUCGUCUUGUAACGACCGUCUCGCACGUCAUUCAUAAUUUUUUUGCGUUUUUCUUCAACGAGUUUCACUCGCGCUAUUUUCCGUCCCAUUUUUCUGCGCUAUGUUUUUUUACAGGGACAACGUCUUAUAUUGGCUAUCAUCUCGUUACACGAGUUUUUAGAGUGGUAUCGAGAUAAUUAUGAAGCUCAUAGCAAAUGUGAGUACCCGUCAAAUAGUUUUCGAUUGUUUAACGUUAUAUUUUUUUUAUUAGGUAAUUACAAUCGCGAAGUACAUUUUUUUAAAACAACUGUUUGUGUUGAAAUAAUGAGUUGUUAAAAAGAAUUUAAUAAAACCUUUUUCGAGGUGGAAGUUCAAACUGUAAAUCGUUCUUCGCAAAUGACAUCUACGAACUGUUAAAAUUGUCGGAGCUUCUUGAGCCUCACAAAUAUCUGAAUGUAAUAUAAAACAAUAGUUUCUCACAUAUACGUGUUGAUCACUUUUUUUAUUACAUGUAUAUUGAAAAAUUAUAGUAAGUGUUCCCA